AUUCGAUCAGUUCAGCCAGCUAGCCUGGGGUCAUGAGAGGUCGUAUGAUGGACACAAAAAGCCACUCACUAAACUAUGCACUAAACUACUUACUGAGUGGAGUCUUUCAGUCCUCCGAUCUCAGGACAGUCAAUUCAAACUGCUCUACGUCAAGAGUAGAUGAAAGUUUUGGAAAUUCAACAAUGGCUUUGAUCAAUCCCCAUCUAAGAGGCAUCCAGGGAUCGUCUUCCCUGCAAUCAGGUUUGGGCAAUGGAAUGGCUAGUCAAAACUCUGGUCCGAUGCUUCAAAAAGAGACUCAAUUGCAAAGUUUUAAUCCACGUCUGUCACCCAUUCCCCAGGCUCCGUCGUUAAAUUUGCCAAAGGGUGGAGGCGCAAUUCGAGGCCUUGGCGAAACUCUUGAGGUGGAUACAGCCACUGGUACAGCGUCUGCCUCGAUACCGAUCCAAACCAGUCCUGCAAGAAAUGGCGCUCAGCCUGAUCUAACACUAAAAUACAACUCUGGAAAUGGAAAUGGUCCAUUUGGACUCGGUUGGCAGCUGGAUGGAAUUCCUAGCAUAACCAGAAAGACGAACAAGGGGUUGCCACAGUAUAAUGACACCGGUACUGAUCUAGAGUCUGAUGUCUUUAUCCUGGACGGCGCAGAGGAUCUUGUUCCUGUUUUCAAGCGAGACAGUCAGUCAGCCAUUGUCCGGAACAACGAUGGGAACCCAGUCAUUAACGAAUCGGUGCAAAACGGCUAUAUUGUACGACAGUAUAUGCCUCGUAUUGAAGGAUCCUUCAUCCGAAUUGAACGAUUAAUGAACGCCACAGAUAUAACAGACGUCCAUUGGCGGACAAUCAGUCCCACCAACGUGGUGACAAUAUAUGGAAUAGACGCGAAUUCAAGGGUUUUCGACCCUAACUCGGCACCCGGGAGGACCGAACGGAUCGUAACAUGGUUGAUAUCAGAGUCUUAUGAUUCAACAGGAAAUGCAAAGAUCUUCAAUUACGUGGCUGAAGACUCUACCAACGUGCAAAUUGAUAAGGCGAACGAACAAAAUCGUUCCGACAUAAGUCGGUCGGCUAAUCGCUACAUCAAAUCUAUCAAGUACGGGAACCGCUCCGCCAAUCGAAAUGCAUCAGAUUGGACCGCUAUAUCUGCGCAUACCCUGUUAGAUGAUACGUGGAUGUUUGCAAUCAUAUUUGACUACGGCGAACACGAUCUUGUAAAUCCAAAACCUGAUGAUGCUGGUCACUGGCUCUGCCGACAAGACCCUUUUUCCACCUACAGGUCCGGAUUUGAAAUCCGCACAUAUCGCCUUUGUCGGCGUAUCUUGAGGUUUCAUAUCCUUCAGGAGCUCGAUUCAAGUCCGACGUUGGUCUCAUCCACGAAUCUAACGUACAUGGACAACCCAGUCGCCACGUAUAUGUCUUCUGUCAUACAUACGGGUUAUGUGCUGGACGGAACGAAGAAACCCACAAUUCAAAAGUCUCUUCCGCCCCUGACCUUUUCUUACUCUACAUUUCCUUCGGAUGAACAGCUGGCGCAAUUGACUGCAAAGGACGUGAAUCAAGAGAGCUUAGAAAAUCUUCCAUGUGGAUUGGACGACUUUUCUUACGAAUUCGUUGAUCUAUAUGGCGAAGGACUUGCAGGCAUUCUAAGUGAAGAGGCGUCAGCUUGGUAUUACAAGGAGAAUUUGAGUGCGAACAAUAAAUCACCCAGCAGCAGCAGCAGCAACAGUGGACCAGUGACUCCAAAAUUAGGUCCUAUACGGAUUCUCCCUACUCGACCCUCAAUAUCCGCACACCAACUGUCCCAUUUUGGAGAUAUAACUGGUUCAGGAACCCUUGAUCUCAUCAGCAAUAACGCUGCAUGUUGGGGCUACUAUGAAAAAGAAGAAAACGAUGAAUGGAGCUCAUUUAAUCAAUUUGCCUCUUUCCCGACGUUUGCUCCCGAUACUACUGGUUUCAAGCUGCUGGAUCUUACAGGAGACGGUUUGAUUGACAUUCUCCUUUGCGCCGAUAAGGUCUUUUACUGGUACCCAUCCCUGGGCAAAUUCGGCUACGGGCCUGGAUCAGCCGUCACUCAGCCCAAUGACGAAAACAAAGGCCCAAUAUGGAUAUUCUCGGACACUGAAGCGACGGUGUAUCUAGCUGACAUGACUGGAGAUGGACUGUCAGACCUAGUUCGUAUAAAGCAGACAGGAGGAGUGUGCUACUGGCCAAAUCUAGGAUACGGUAGAUUUGGACCUAUAGUUCAAAUGGACAACCCGCCUUUCGACAGUCCUGAUAUUUUCAACGAGGCUCGUAUCCAGUUAGCCGAUAUUGAUGGCUCUGGGACCGCUGACAUUGUAUACAUGGGCAAAAAUGGUGCUGUGCUGUUUGUGAAUCAGUCAGGAAAUAGCUUUUCUGAUGGAAAACAGCUGGGAUCAGACCUUCCGAUUGAUCAGUUCACAAAAGUGAGUACUAUUGAUCUUCUUGGAAACGGGACAACUUGUCUUGUUUGCUCUUCAAGUCUUCCUAGUGCUGCUUCAGCGUCGAUGAAAUACGUAGACCCUAUGGAAGGGCGGAAACCACAUCUCCUUACUGGUAUGAACAAUAACCUAGGCGUGGAGACUCGUAUUUCUUAUUCUCCUUCGACGAAAUUCUUUCUGGACGACAAGGAGCAAGGAAUCCAUUGGGUUACCCGAUUACCAUUUCCCGUACAAUGUGUCGAGAAGCAGGAGAUCUUUGACCAUGUCAGUGGGAAUCGAUUCACGAAGAGAUUCCGCUACUCGCACGGAUUCUUCGAUGGCGUUGAAAGAGAAUUCCGCGGAUUUGCCAGAGUGGAUACUUGGGAUGCGGAGGACUUCAAGAUCACCGAAUCGGACACUGGAGCCAAUCUUGAUCCUACCUGGGAAGUGCCGCCUGUCAUGGUUAAGACCUGGUACCACACUGGGGCCUACCUUGGCAAUCAGCCAUUGGAGGAUUUGCUUGCUUCCGAAUACUACGGUGCUGCUACAAACAACAGCUCAGUACAUAGCGCACCCUUAUUUCGUUCCCUGCGAAGCAAUACUAUUCUAUCCCCUGACCUUCUAAAAGCAGACGAGUUGCGUGAGGCAUACCGCGCAAUGAAGGGUCAGAUGCUUCGACAGGAGACUUAUGCUGACGACAAGAGUGCUUUUGCAGCCGUCCCUUACAGCAUAGAAGAGAGUAGCAUCACGAUAGAAGCCAUCCAGGAAGUCCGUGAUGCUCAUCUUCAUUCGAUUUUCAUGUCAUACGCCAGAGAAAAUGUGAAAUAUAGUAUCGACAGAAAGCCGGAUGACCCGCGAAUAGCCCAUACCAUGACACUAGAGGUGAACAAGUGGGGUCGCCAGACGAAAAGUCUUUCGAUUGCGUAUGGGAGGAAACUUGGUAAAUCGACGCUUGGCGGAGUUGAUAAAGAAAAACAAGAGAAAACUCUUUUCUCGUAUUUUGAGACGGACUACACGAACGACAUCUCAACAGCCGAUGACUAUCGACUGGGAGUUCAAUUUGAAUCGCGACAAUACGAGCUGACCGGAUUCGCGAAGCCGGUAACCGCCUUAGUGUUCGCCUUCGAUGAUUUUGCUCAAAACAAUUUUAGUCCUAUAUCAUCACUGGCCACAGUUCCCUUUGAGCAAAACGUCACACCUACCACGAAACGCCUCGUUGCCCGCAACAGGGUGGUAUUUCGCUCCGACGACCUAAGCCGACUUCUCGCGCCUGGGGCCCUCCAGCCACUAGCUAUUCCCGGAUUGUCGCAUCAACAGUGUCUAACACCUGGCUUGCUAGCUAUUUUCCAGCGAACCUUGCCAAAUCAACCAGUGGAAAAUCUAUUACCAGACCCCAAGAACACGCUAGGAGGAGUUGGGAACAGCCAAGGAGGUUAUGUCGACCUGAACAGCGAUGGAAACUGGUGGAAGAUGUCUGGGAGGGGUUACUUCCAUCUAGACCCGAACGCGAAUGCUGCUGCAGAGCUCUCAGAGGCUCGUACUCACUUUUUCAGACCUCGUCGGUUUGUAGACGCCUUUGGGAACAACUCAUUUGUCAACUAUGACGAUUAUUCUCUCAUGGUCACGGCGACAGAAGAUGCCUUGCAGAACACGACUAGUGCGGUCAUUGACUACCGCAUCCUGGGACCGACAACGUUGACGGAUCAGAAUGGAAAUCAAUCCAGUGUUGCGGUUGAUGCGCUGGGUGUUGUCACUGGCACUGCCAUUAUGGGCAAACCUGGAGAGAAUAUCGGUGAUGAUUUGAAUGGCUUCAACUCGUAUCCUACCCAGAGUGAUUGUGACUCAUUCUUCUCCAACCCGAGAGGCCCUGCGGCCCUCUCAUUACUUGGAAAUGCCACUUCACGAGUGGUUUAUGAUGUCAAUAGAUAUUACAGAGACCCGUCCAAAGCACAGCCAGCUUAUGCUGCGGUGAUUUCUCGAGAAACGCAUGUCAGCGAUCUUACUCCUGGCCAGAAAACGAGGAUUAGAGUCUCGAUUAGCUUCUCAGAUGGAUUCUCUCGUACGAUUCAGGUUAAGAGUGGUGCAGACGCUGGCCCAGUAUCAGAAGGCAGACCAGCUGUGUCUGAUCGCUGGGUUACGUCAGGCUGGUCGAUCUUCAACAACAAAGGGGCCGUCGUGAGGACUUUUGAGCCAUUUUUCGAUGAAGGUAACGAUUUUAAGGCAGAAACGAUGGUUGGUGUGUCAUCUAUUACAAUGUACGAUCCAGUGGGACGGAAAGUGGCCCUGUUGGCGCCCAACCACUCUUUACAUAAGGUCAUAUUCGCUCCUUGGUCGACGAUAUCUCAUGAUUUCAACGAUACAAUCCUCAUUUCAGACCCGAGUCAGGAUGCGGAUGUCGGCCAAUAUUUUGCAAAGCUUCCUCAGGCCGAAUUCCUACCAUCCUGGUAUAACAGCCGCAUCAACGGACAGCGAGGUGCUGAUGAGCAGAAUGCGGCAAUGAAAGCCGCUCUGCAUUCCAACACGCCAUCCACCUCGGACUACGAUGCACUCGGCAGAACGAUCUUGGUUGUGAGUGACAAUGGAUCGGACGGCCUGAUUCAAACUCGGUCGACGUACGAUAUCCAAGGAAAUAUGCUUGAAGUCUAUGAUGAUAAAGAGCGUCUAGUGUCGCAAAUGGACUUCAGCAUGUGUGGAUCUUGCAUCCACGUUGCAAGCAUGGACGCUGCCGAGCGAUGGACGCUCGUUGACGCAAGUGACCGUAACAUCCUCGCCUGGACAAGCCGAGGGGGGCAUUAUCGCACUAAGUACGAUGCCCUGCGUCGCCCAGUUGCAUUUUUCUGGUCUGGGGAUGGGGGGCGAGAGUUACUGGUCCAAAAUACCACGUAUGGAGAGUCUCAAUCGAAUGGCGCAGCACACAACCUUCGAGGGAAAGUUAUGGAAAUUAAGGACCAGGCUGGAAUUGUAAGCAUGCCUAACUAUGACUGGAAAGGUAACAAUCUCCAGACAAUUCGCCAAUUUGCAAAGGAAUACAAGGCGAGAUUGGACUGGUCUUCCGAUGUCACACUCAUCGAGGACCUACCUUCUUCAACUAGCGGGACUUAUGAUGCAUACAACCGACCCGUGCUUACUACCUCUGCGGAUGGAUCCAUCACUUUACAGAAGUAUGACGAGAGGGGCUUUGUCAUCCAAAUACUAGUGAACUUGAAGGGUAAAGGUACUACAGAUCAAUCGUCAUGGCAAGCAUACGUCAAGAAUGUCGACCGUGACGCGAAGGGGCAGAUGAAACAUAUCGACUACGGGAACGGAGUUAGCACUGUGCGCUCUUACGAUCCCGGGACCUUCAGACUGCAAAGGCUGCAGACGUCACGCCCGUCCGCGUCAUCCGGGAAGGAUGCCCUUCAGGACCUGCAGUACACUUACGAUCCUGUCGGCAACGUCUCUCACAUUCGCGACAACGCUAUUCAAACGGUGUAUUUCCGCAAUGGCAUAGUGGAUCCCAGCAACGACUACACUUACGAUGCAGUCUACCGGCUGAUUCGCGCUGCCGGGCGUGAACACUUGGGUACAGGAAACAGUCCAGUUUCUCCGUCAGCUUUUGAUACCAAUACAACUCGGUUAGCCAGUCCUGCAGACGGUAAUGCAAUGGCAGCGUACAUCGAAGAAUACAAGUAUGAUACGGUCGGCAAUGUCUUGCAGAUAAAACACUCGGGCAGUGUGGCAGCAAAGCCCGGAUGGACAAAAUCCUUCAGCUAUGGGGAGACCAGCCAGAUUCCAGGGCAGUCUAGUAUCAACAACCGACUCUCGAGCACAAAUUCUGGCGGAGCAACAGACAGCUACCGGUACGAGGGGCCCGCAGGCGUGAUGGGAGGAAUGACCUCGAUGCCUCAAACUUCCAUGAUGACGUGGGAUUUUCUAGAUCAGCUAAGCAGCUCUUCGCGCCAGAUCACCUCGAACGGAGGCACCUCAGAAACAACAUUCUACGUCUACGAUUCUUCCGGAGUGCGGGUGCGGAAGAUUACAGAACGCCAGGCAGCCGCGGGACAGCCACCAACCAUGUUGAAGGAGCGGCGUUACCUGGGGCCGGCAGAGGUCUUCCGAAAGUACGCCGGAGAUGGCACAACGGUCACGCUCGAGCGAGAGACGCUCAGUGUUCCCGGCGUGUCGGGCCGUGCGGCUUUGGUAGAAAGUAGGACGGUGGGGGAGACUGACAAAGGCCCUGCACUUCUGAUACGCUAUCAGCUCGACAAUCUAGUGGGCUCUGCCGUGCUGGAACUGGACGACCAGGCCCAGAUCCUGUCGUACGAGGAAUACUUUCCCUUCGGCAGCACGUCGUGCCAGACCAUCAGCUCCAACGUCGAGGUGCCCAAACGAUAUCGAUUCACAGGCAAGGAGAGGGACGAGGAGAGUGGACUCUACUAUCACGGCUCGAGAUACUACGCCCCCUGGAUCAACCGGUGGACCAGCUGCGAUCCAGCCGGCUUCGUCGACGGGCUGAAUCUCUACGUCUACGCUCGCAACCAACCCACAAUCUUAACCGACCCCUCGGGCCAGGAAUCUAGAAAGAAGAAACACGAUGCACGCACACUCCACCAGAAAAAGGGAACAAAAGCGAAACCAAGCAAGGACGCAGGCUCCGGACACGCUGCUCCCCAAAAGCCUCCCUCAAACAGAUCGCCAUCCAAGCCCGAUGGCGGCCCCGGGACCGCCGGCGCAGCACCACUACCCGCCUCGCCUCCACCGCCCCUCGGCGAUCAAGUGCCCAAGGAGGCGAUCCUGCAGUGGAAGCGACGGCGGGAGGAGGAGGCAAGGAGGAACAAACGGGACGAUAAACCGGGCGAGUACGAUCCUGUCUCUGGAACAUACGAGUUUAACGCGUCAAAUCCGCUAUUUAAAGAAUUUGAGAAGGAGAUGAGCAAUGUUCGCGAACGACCUAACGCGCCGGUCACCGAUAGGGAUAUGCGACAGGACGUGUUGACAGCUGAGCACGAUGAAAUGGUAAAUAAGGGUAUUAAUAUCGCACUCAAGUAUGCCCGCGCUCAAUUAGAGGUUGAGAAUGGUCCUAGAAACUCGAGCAAGGCCGAUAUUCUCUUAGCUGCAGCGCACUCGUAUGUCAUACCACUGAGGAAUCGACCAAACAAUCCUGCAAGCCAGGAUAGGGUGCAACGCGACAUCGAUCAUUAUUUCAUGGGUCGGCUACACGAAGAUAUAUUUGGCCAAUUUGGUACAUUCGUAUAUGAUGUGGUGAAGCAGACCGGAAUACCCUCGGGAGAAUCGAGCAACCUAGCGUCGCCUUGGGGGGGAAGGCACUGGACAGCGGAGGGUAGACAAGAUUUCGAGAGUGAAGGGGGCUUCGAAGGGCAGAAGGUGAUAGGUGAUCCAGGGUCAGUGAGCCAUCAACCAUAUUUGAAGGAGCUGGAGGAAGUAAAGAGGAAUGAAGCUCUCUUUCGAAUAGUUGAGCAUAGAUGGUUCGACUAAAGUAUACGUUUGGUUGAAUUUUACCUCCAGAGUCGCUUUGCGCCUUUGCCGGGCUUUUUGACGACCUGCCGAUUCAUCCGGCGGCGCAGCAGCAGGGAAUCGCUCUUCAUAUGGAUCCCAUCUGACGACUGUAAACCGUUGAAAAUUUUUGCCACUCAGGUUAAGUGGCUGACUGGAGAUGAUAAUGGACGAAUGAUCCGUUGCGCAAUGUUUUCCGAACACGGGGUCCUGCAAGAGUAGCUCUAUAUAUCGCCUCUUCUUGCGGCUGCUUAUUUUGUCAUCAGCAUUCGGAUCGCUUGUUUUCUUGUCGGGAUCGAAUAAUACAUCAUAUCGAUAAAAUUGCUGAUUGGCUUUUGACAAUUUCGAUU